AUGAGUGGUAGCAGCCAUAGCACUAGCCUGCUCCGGGGCCGCCGCUUCUACUGUAGGGAAUGGGCCCUGGAAAAGCUCCGGCGCUGUCUGGAGGCCAGGCCCGCUCCCGGCCGGCCCCCGGGGAUCCUGGUGACUGGGGGUCCCGGGGCAGGGAAGACAGCCCUAUGCACGGAGGCAGUAUGGCCCACCUCGGACGCAGGGCUGGGGGUCGGGCUGGCACCCCGCUGCCUGGCAUUUCACUUCUGCCAGCGGGAGGACGGGAGGAGCGUGGCGGUGUGGAGGUUUGUCCUGGGCCUGGUGGAUCAGCUGAGGGCCAGCCCCCUCCUCCCCCUGGGGUACAGGGACACACUGGACACCCCCUUGGUGGCUCCCGCCCUGGAGCCCCUGCACUGCCAGAGGGACCCGGACGACACCUUCAAAAGGUCUGUACUCUUUAUGCCCCCUCUACUACUCCCAUCUUCACCAACUUAUCUAGACAGCUUUGUGAUUUGCUCUGAUGUGAAUUCAGUACAUUCUGUCUGCAGUGGAUAUGACAUUUGUUAAAUGCAUUGUUUGAUUUUUUUUACAUUAGUCACACUUUCACAGUAGCAUAUUUUUUAUUUUAUUUUUUAUUUCACCUUUAUUUAACCAGGUAAACCAGUUGAGAACAAGUUCUCAUUUACAACUGCGACCUGGCCAAGAUAAAGCAAAGCAGUGUGAUAAAAACAACAACACAGAGUUACAUAUGGGGUAAAACAAAACAAAGUCAAAAAUACAACAGAAAUACAUAUAUAUAUACAGUGUGUGCAAAUGUAGCAAGUUAUGGAGGUAAGGCAAUAAAAUAGGCUAUAGUGCAAAAUAAUUACAAUUAGUAUUAACACUGGAAUGAUAGAUGUGCAAGAGAUGAUGUGCAAAUAGGGAUACUGGGGUACAAAUUAGCAAAAUAAAUAACAAUAUAGGGAUGAGGUAGUUGGGCGGGCUAAUUUCAGAUGGGCUGUGUACAGGUGCAGUGAUCGGUAAGGUGCUCUGACAACUGAUGCUUAAAGUUAGUGAGGGAGAUAAGUGUCUCCAGCUUCAGAGAUUUUUGCAGUUCGUUCCAGUCAUUGGCAGCAGAGAACUGGAAGGAAUUGCGGCCAAAGGAGGUGUUGGCUUUGGGGAUGACCAGUGAGAUAUACCUGCUGGAGCUAUAUAUAUAUGAAUAGUCGUAGUAGCAUAAUGCAUUUGGAAGGGAAGUGACACCAUCACCAAGCAGACCAGUCUCCAAGCUAACUGUCCUUGACUACUUCUUACAGGUAACAGUGAGUUUCCAUUAACAUUCAGAUUCCAUUUACACUGUAGGCAUAUUUCUAACUGCCUGUCACUGCAAAUGCUGUUCAGUCAAACAAAGAAGGCCAAAAGAGCCUCAGGGAAAAGCUAGCGAUUGUCUUCCUUGGUUUAAAAUACUCAUUUAUUUCAUAAAACAAGCCAUUCAGCUCUCUCACAAUCGACCUCCAGUCUGAAGGAACGCCACAACGCUAUUUAUGACACGUCCUUUUUAGAAACAAGGACAAAGACGUGAAAAAUGUGUCCCUCGAGUCGCAGAGACGCAGUCGUUGGUACCGCUUGGUGAGGUCUCCAUUCUCACGAGGACCCUCUGUCUGUCUGCUGCUGUCACGUUGACGGUUGGUUGUGGAGGAACGCUCUCGCUCUCUCCCUCUGUUUGCUGUGUCUCUGGUGUGAAGUAUAGGGCUACAUUCCACAUUGCCCUCGGACUGACCCAGAGCCUGGAGGGAGCUGUGUGUGUUUUUGGAGCCUGAGUGAAAGAAAGUGGCUGCGGUUUGAGCCACUGUCAAGUGAACACUAAACAGCGGUUCGAACAAACAGAGGAAACACGAGCUUGGAGUGGCGGUGAACGCAUAUACAGAGGAUCCUUAGAUUUGAACAGAUGCUAGCUGUAUCCAUUAGAGUCCUUAACACUUUUAUAACCGCUUAGCUUACACUGUCAACAAUCAACAGUGGCUAGUGGACCUAACCACCUCUAGGGAAUUACUUUUUACUUUCUUAUCACCAUAUUCCCUCGUAGAGGGUGACCUUAACCGUCCUUUAAACCACAAGGCUAUUCUCUCUAGUCGUAUCUAAUUGCUGUUCCGCAAGGCUUGGCCCGUAGCUAAAAGGCUUGUCUGUUUUAAACCAUUUCUCCAAAACUUUGGACCAAUUAGGGCUCACAGGGCCGGUGUUGUCAGCCUCUUCACCACAGCGUGUCCAAUUACAGCAGGGCUGAGAGAGUCAAAGAUCAGCCUGCGGCCAGGACCAUGAGGACAGGAUGGAGCAGGAAACCCUGAGUCAAUUAAAGGGCCGUUAAUGUGGUUCUGGGCAUACACAGCAUGUGCUCGAGACACACACACACACACACGCACACACACGCACACACACACACACACACACACACACGCACACAAAGGUGUGUCCUUCCCUGUUAUCAUAUUAUUAAGGCACACAAACUUGUGAUAAGCUUGUGACCAAGAAGUUUUGGACCGGAGCGUUCACUUUUAAAUCCCGUCUCUUAAAAGGCACUAAGUGCUUUUACAUAAACUCAAGCUGAGUGUAUCAUUCAGUUAUGAAAAAAAAGGACUGCAACCUUUUAAAAUUGUGUUCACCAGGCUAUAUUGUAUGUUUACAUUAGCUGACGCCUUCCUUUCGGAUCCUUCUAAAAAGAGAUCAUCUUAAGCGUAGGAGUGUGAAUUCAUUGUUGAACGGUGGUGAAUGACCAAGGCUGUUCUUCCAGUCUCUCUGAGUGGUGUCUUAUCAAACAAAGACCUAACCCAUUAAACACUUUAUAUCGUUACAUAACCUUUACAAGUGUCCCAUUUAAUACUUAAUUACGUUUUUUUAGCAGGGUGACAGAGACCCUGUUAAAACAACUCCCAACGCCAGCCAUAAUGUCAUCACCCUCCAUUAAAUUGCUCACACACACACAGUAAACUAAACUCACACUCUUCCUGGAUUACGCAAUGGUUUUUACAAGGCCUAGGUUUGGUGAAGCCACGCGGGGGGGGGUUUGAAGGGGAAGGAAUCCAUGGUAGAUUUUUCCCACUUCCCUAGAUAGCAGCAUCCUCUGUUGGAAGGCCCUAACUAGAGUCGUGUGUGUGUAUGUGUGUAAGCUUCUUUAGGUCAAAAAUAACAGUAUCACUCUCCACCCUGAGGACACAGGGUUAGGGAGUGAGAGAGGGUGAGGGAGCUGAACCAGGGAGAGCGGGCUGAAAUGCUUGCCUGAGCAGGAUAGAGCUAACACCCACGCUGGUGAAUGUAGAAACUAUUUCCUCAGAAAACCCCUUGACAUUUCUGCUCUACGUUUUUCAGACAUCUUCCAUUCUGCAGCCUUCAUCAUGUUUAAUUACUGUAGCUUCAAUCAAAUCAAUGACAUUCCUGUUCAGUCACUGAAUGCUGUAAUGAUGUCCAUAUACUGAAUGCUGUAAUGAUGUCCAUAUACUGAAUGCUGUAAUGAUGUCCAUAUACUGAAUGCUGUAAUGAUGUCCAUAUACUGAAUGCUGUAAUGAUGUCCAUAUACUGAAUGCUGUAAUGAUGUCCAUAUACUGAAUGCAGCUAUUGGGUCUGUUCAUGUUCCAUGUGUGAUGAAAUACCAACUACAUUCCUCCUACAUGACUCCUCUCUCUCUCUGUCUUUCAUUCUCUCUCUCUCUCUCUCUCUCUUCUCUCUCUCUCUCCUCUCUCUCUCUCUCUCUCUCUCUCUCUCUUCUCUCUCUCUCUCUCUCUCUCUCUCUCUCUCUCUCUCUCUCUCUCUCUCUCUCUCUAGAGCGGUGUUGUUACCCUUGCUGGACCUCCCUGCCCCAGGGCAGUCCCUGUUCCUGGUGGUAGACUCCCUGGACUCUGGGUAUGGGGCCGGCGAGGUGUCCAGCAGCGUUGGGGCCCCAGGGAGGAGCAGCUCCAUCUCGGAGCUCCUGUCCAGUCACCAGCACCUCCUGCCCAGCUGGCUGCUCCUGGUCUGCUCUGUACGCAGACAGAACAAGGCUGUGUGUAAGAUGUUCUCAGGUAUGUCUGGAAUGACUCAGCUCCUCUGCUGUAACUCUUCUUCACUCCUCUCGGGUUUAGAUGAGCAGACACCACUUCAGGCUGCUAUCCAGACCGGUUGAAUUAGUUUUUUUUACUGGCCUUUUGUAAACAUGAAAUGAAGUUGUCCACCGCCAUUCUUGCUUGGUCAUCUGUUGCCAAAACAGGGCCUAACAUGUUUGUUUACUGUGAACGUGUUUAAAAGUUGAAGCUCAUUUACAGCAUUUUUAUACAAUUAAUAAAAACUUUUAAAAUGCUAUUUGGAGAACAACAAAAAACAAUCAAAAAUGACCCCAGCCAUUAUGACCUUGGCUGCUGUAGUUUCAUUUCACCUCCAGUCCAUCUACAAACACAUAGCUUAUUAGCUAUACAGUUGUAAUGUUGUACCCCCUGAAAGGGGGAAAAUAUGAGACAUGAUUCACACUGACACGUAGCAUCAGCGACAAAACGUAUGGGACGUCAUCUAUAAUAAUGGAUGCUAUAAAUAAUUUUGAUCAGCAGAUGCCACUAGUGUUCACUGUGUUGAUCAAGGCCUCUAGUAAUUAACCUAUUUUCCACACAAUAGAUUGGAAAGCCUCAAUGCUUCCGGAAGCUUUGUUUCCCCAUAGCUACUAUUUAACGGUUGUGCACUCAGUUUUUUGUUUGUUUGAGGGGGAUGUCUGUAGACACGGCGGGAGUCGCAGGACGCUUUUUUAAAAUUGUAUUUUAUCUGGCAUCUCGCAAACACACUGACAACAGAGCUGCCUGCCUGCGAGCUGCUUAACACCAGUAAAUAUCUCUCUGGCACCAACAGUGAAUCCACUGCCAGUAUACGGAUAUCAUUCUAGAUAUCCCUCCGGCCUGACUGGAGUUGAAUGCUGUGACCACACACAUUAUAUGUCUGUUUCUACAGUCCAAUACCUCUUCCUGAAGUAGCUAAUGUUUGUUCGAAAGUUACAUUAAGUGACAGUUUCUCUCUUCUCUGUCCUUCUGGGCCCAAUCUCCCUAGGAUAGAAGAGCAAAUGCAGAGAAGAGAGAGCUGCUAUCCUCUCCUUCCUCUCCUCUCUCUCCUCUAUCUAUCUCUUCUCUCUCGUCUCUCUCCCUCUCCUCUCUUCCUCUGUCUCUGUCUCUCUCCCUCUCCCUCUCUCCCUCUCCUCUCCUCUCCUCUCCCUCUCCUCUCCUCUCUCCUCUCGGUAGGUUUCCGUAAGCUGUGUCUGGACGAUCUGCGUAAGCCGGCGCCGGUGCGUGACGUGCAGCACUAUAUCCUGAGGAGGCUGGACCAGGAGGGGGCGCUCCGCCGACAGCUGACCCCCGAGACGGCCGACAUGCUCAACCUGCUGCACAUCAAGAGUGGUGGCUGCUUCCUGUUCCUGGAACGCGUUCUAGACGGCGUGGCGGGGGCCCUGGUGGGGCUCCGGGAGAUCCGGGACAUCCCCGGGACCCUCAACGGCCUCUACUUGUGGCUCUGUCAGAGACUCUUCCCCAGGGGCCUGUUCCUCCAGGUCAGGCCCCUCCUCAACACCCUCCUGGCCUCCCCUAGGCCCCUCACCACCCAGGAGAUCUACACCGCCACCUGGACCCAGGACAUGUCCCUCAGCCCUCUGGACUUCCAGAGCAGGCUACAGGCUCUGUCCACGCUGCUCAUCGACGGCCUGGGAGGCAGAAAGCUCCUGUUCCACACUAGUUUUGCAGAGUGGCUGACGGACGUCAAGUACUGCACCCAGAAGUAUCUGUGUAGCGUGUCUGAGGGUCACACCAUGCUGGCCAUGGCUCUCACCCUACGCGCCCCACACCUUAACACAGAGGACACCUGUCAGCUGGGCUCGCACCUGGUCAGCUCAGGCAUGCACAAGGACAACCCUGCCCUCCUGGCCCUGUGGCUGUUGUGGGCUGACGUGCCCCCUCUGGCUAGCUCCUCUUACCCUGCCUCUCAGCCCCCUGUCCUGGUCAGGCAGGAGGUCCUCCAGCUGCUGAUGAAGAGUGGGGUGUUCCCUCCCUCCUGUGCCCCAGAUGGAGGCCCCAGCGUGGGGGUACACUGUGCAGGAGGAGGGGGGACCAUCAUCGGGCAGGCGCUGGAGAGGCAGGACUCAGUGAGGGUGCUACUGGACAGCGGGGUCAGCGUGAACCGGACCGACCCCACAGACGGACGCACCCUCCUGGCCAGUGCGGCCCAAGCAGGCUCAGCCGACGUGAUCGACCUACUCCUUUCCCGAGGGGCUGACCCUCUGAUCAGUGACCACCAGGGCCAGACCCCCCUAACGCUGUCUGCGAGGCAGGGCCAUGUCAGGGUGCUGGGGAUGCUGCUGGACUGGGCCAGGGGUCAGGAGCCGGAGGCCGCCGUGGGUAUGGUGGAGCAUGCAGACAGCGAGGGCUGGACGGCCUUACGGUCAGCGGCCUGGGGGGGUCACACCGAGGCCGUGUACCUCCUCUUGGAUGCGGGGGCAGACGUGGACGGGUGUGAUGCUGAAGGCCGGUCGGCGCUAAGGGCGGCGGCCUGGGGGGGUCACGAGGAGAUCCUCCUCACGCUGCUGGACCAUGGGGCGCAGGUGGACAAGGUCGACCGGGAGGGCCGCACGCCGCUGAUCGCCGCCGCCUACAUGGGCCAUCGGGAGGCGGUAGAGAUCCUGCUGGACCACGGGGCAGAGGUCGACCUGGCCGAUGGAGACGGACGUACUGCCCUGUCAGUGGCUGCCCUCUGUGUGCCCACAGAGGCUGGAGUCAAAGGUUACGGAGACGUGGCCAGCCUGCUCUUGGAGCGAGGGGCGGACCCAGGGCACAGGGACCGGGAUGGGAUGAGCCCUCUGCUGCUGGCGGCGUAUGAAGGUCAUGAGGAGGUGGUAGAGCUGUUGUUAGAGGCCGGGGCCGACGUAGACGAGUGUGCCGGGCCAAAUGCCGCCUCUGCCUCUGCUGCCGUCACCCCUCUGUUGGCGGCUGCCGCCAUGGGCCAUUCUGCGACAGUGGGCAGGGUGCUGUUCUGGGGCGCGGCGGUGGAUGGCAUCGACGGGGAGGGUCGUACAGCUCUGAGCCUGGCAGCAGCACGGGGCAGCGUGGAGGUGGUCAGAGCUCUCCUGGACCGAGGGCUGGAUGAGAACCAUAAAGACGAUCUGGGCUGGACCCCGCUGCACGCCGCCGCCUGCGAGGGCCACCGGGGGGUCUGUGCCGUCCUGACGGAGCGUGGGAGCAUGGCGCGGGUCGGAGAGAUGGACAUCGAGGGACGAACGCCCCUCAUCUUGGCCGCGCAGGAGGGCCACAGUGGCACGGUGAGGCUGCUGCUGGACCGCCGUUCGCUCAUUGACCACCGGGCGUACGACGGCCACUCUGCGCUGAGCGCCGCCGCCCUGGAGGGCCACGUUGAGGUGGUGGAGCUACUGAUGAGGCGGGGCACGGACACGGACGUACGGGACGCAGAGGGCCGCCCGCUGCUCUACCUCCUGGUGCUGGAGGGCCAUCUGGACAUGGCUGCCCUCCUCAUGGAGAAAGGGGGCGUGCCCCUGGAGUCCCGGGACGGGGAGGGGCGCACGGCGCUUCACGUGGCCUCCUGGCAGGGCAAGCUGGAGGCGGUGGGGCUGCUGUUGAGCCAUGGGGCGGACCCUAACGCCCAGGACGGGGAGGGACGACCCCCCCUGCACUCUAUAGCCUGGCGGGGUCAUGUGGAGCCUGGUCAUCUGCUCCUGGAGGUCAGGGGGGUCAACGUGGAUCUGGCCUGCCGCCAGCAGGGGGCCACGGCACUGAGCAUCGCGGCUCAGGAGGGCCACGCCAACAUCGUGGCCAUGCUGCUGGAGAGAGGGGCCAACCCAGACCACAUAGACAAGUACGGCCGCAGCCCCGUCAAGGUGGCCGGGAAGAGGGGCCACUUCACCAUCGUCAGGCUGCUGGAGAGCUACGGAGCCAAACCGUAUCCAGGCCUCCUGCCCCAAUCCAACACCCGGUCGCCCCGGUCAUCCACUGUGAAGAGCCCGUCCUCGGCCUGCUCAGGGAGUAACGGGGCCCAGGCAGGGCAUCAUCAUGGUGCUACCACCUCCACCUCCUCAGCCUCGGCCUCCUGCUCCCCAGGCUCCACAGCUGAGCACUUCCACUCCAUCCAGAGCUCCCAGACAUCCUCCUCCACAGCCCACUCCCAGGCCACGGUGCAGACCGUCCCCGCUGACAGCCUCUCCUUCACCCAGCAGAUCCAGCAGCACUCCCUCCCCCGCAGCCGCUCCCGCCACUCCACCCUGCCCCCGCCCGGCUCCGCUCAUGGCAGCCUGCACGGCAGCAGCCGCAGGGCCCGGUGCCCUAAGGCCAGUCCUCCUCCAACCACCCUCUGCACAGUCACGGCCAUGGUGCAUGACUCUGAACAGCCUUACAAAGGCUACCCAGCAGGGUUCGACUAUCCCAGUAAACACAACCCCCCAAGCCUGAUCCAGGAGGAGAGGCCCCAAUACGGAGGGGGGAGGUGGAACUCUGUCAUGGCUUCUCUAGGGGUGACGCCUGGACAAGAUGGCCCCAAAAACAGGGACAGUCCCCCUAUGGGCUACCCCUACCAGCUCCAGAGCCCUGCCCAGAGAGGGACAUGGGAGGAGAACCAGAAGAUGUCCAUAUCCCCCACUACUGCUUUAUCUGCUGACUCCACGGUGGUCAUGACGACCACGGACCCCCAGCUCAACCUGAAACAGGCCAUCAAGCUGCAGUUUGAAGGGCCCACCAGCGCUGCCUUAAACAAGAGGGAGACGCCCCUGUGA